AUGAACGACACGGCCAAGGGCGUGGUCGAGAACCUGCUCGACUAUGUGCGUCAGUUCGGGUUCGUGCCCAAUGGAGGUCGAGUGUACUAUCUUGACAGGUCUCAGCCGCCCAUGCUGGGCGAGAUGGUCCAGGCCGUAUUGGAGGUCACUGCCGAUGACGCGUGGCUGCGCGAGGUAUUUCCAGUGUUGGAAGCCGAGUACAAAUUCUGGAUGGAUCCUGCUUUGGGGCACUUCCUUCCAGAUCUGGGUCUCAAC